AAUUGCAUUGAUGUCUCUCUCUCUCUCUGAAACUCCGAAUCAAUAUUUUCUUCCAUCCAUUCAUUUCAUCACCAAAAUCCAUUUCUCUUUCUUCUUCUCAUGUAACCGUUUUCGUAGCAAACCAAACCAAUGCAGUUACAAAACCACCUUCAAUCUCAAUAACAAUGGCUACAUUCACCUACAAUUACACAAUGUUCAAAUACUUCAACAGAAAAUUCGCUAUCUCCGAACAAGCACCACCGUCCGAUGUCAAGGAAGUUUUUUCCAAUUUCUCUGAAGGCGGAUCUACCAUAUCUGCCGAUCAACUUCGACGAUUUUUGCUUGAACAUCAAUGCGAACCGGAUUGCACUGAAGAGGAUUCAAAACGGAUCAUUGAAAAUGCUCUGCAAUCGCGGAAACGAGAUCAGGAAAGCGGUGGUGAUGAUGAUGGUGACGGAAUUUCAGAUUCCGGAGAGGGACUUACGGUUGAUGAAUUUUUCCAGUUUUUGUUGUUUGAUGAAUUCAAUGGUCCCUUGAUAACACAGGUACACCAUGACAUGAAUGCCCCGUUAUCACAUUAUUUCAUAUAUACAGGACACAAUUCCUAUCUAACUGGAAAUCAACUGAGUAGUGAUUGCAGUGAUGUGCCAAUCAUAAAGGCUUUGCAACGAGGCGUCCGAGUAUCUCAUGAACUUCUCAAUAGCAUACCAAUGCUCAUUAUUAGGUUUACUGAUAAACCUGCACAACAGUACCACGACAUUUACAAUGUCGGGUCUAAUACAAUCAAUGACAUACCAAAGUCUGCCAAUGUUGCUCACAUACUCAAUUUGUUUAACACAUUCACCAGUGCUCUUAAAUAA